AUGGAUGUAAAAUGUCCUGGCUGCUUCACAAUUACUACCGUCUUUUCCCAUGCGCAGACAGUUGUAAUCUGCGCUGGCUGCUCGACCGUUCUAUGUCAACCAACGGGAGGAAAGGCUCGAUUGACAGAAGGUUGCUCAUUUAGAAGAAAGUAG